AUGUUUAAUGUAGAGCUGGAGAUGGCAAUUAUAGAGAUUUCCGAACAUUAUGAAGUGAUAUAUAAUGAAGUACAAGCUUCGUUUGUUGAGUACCUUGUUAUGAGCUCUAUUCAACAAUUUAAAAACCUUCAGUUCAUUGAUUCGAAUGUGAAUAGAAAACCGAACCGAAAAAGAUUUGAUUCUGUUUAA